UCGCGUGCCCGAGGCGGCGGGCGCGAAUCGACGAGAGAGCGGCUAGUAGAAAGAGUCAGUGCUGCGCGGGCUUCCGUGGCGCGAGGACGUGACGGAUGUGAUGUCAUCGUCGUGGCGCGGGACAUUCAGUGGUGCGUGCGUGCGUGCGUGCCUACCUGCCCGCCCGCGUGCCGUCGUUGCGCGUCCGCACGCGCCGACUGUAGACUUUUCGGAGAGUUCUCUCUUAGCUUCGCGAUUUUCUUUUCAAUUUCUCCCGUUUUUCUUCCUCUUAUUUCUGCCCUUCCGCUCCGUUUGCGCUGCCCCUUUCGACCACUUCGUCGUUAUCGAUCUUCGCUCCGAGUGCGUGCGUGCAUGCGUGUCCGCCUUCGCGAAAAACUUGGGAAAACUUUCGCACGGUGUGCGCGCGGCAGACCCGUCGUGCUCGCCGCGUCUGCCACUUUCUUUCCGUCCCGUUUUUCUCCAAUACCCUCUAGUUCUGCCCGACGCGCCGGACGGAUCCGCAGGACAACGGCGCCCCGCGAUUAUGCGCCCGCCCAAGAGGCCUCGGGAACUGACAACAUAAGCCCGACCCCAUAGAUCUUGUCGAAUUGCGGAACACCUCAAGAACGACCGCCAGUGAGAUACAACCGUAAGAAAUCGCCGAAAAUAAUCGACGUGCCGUCCGAUCGAUCAUGAAAAAUAAAAUGAAAGGCUCAUCAUUCUCUUCUUUCCGCUCCCGUACUGACCAAGUAUAUAAGAAACGGAUAUAAUUUCCGUACGGGCGUGCGGAACACGACGACGAAAGAGGUAGACGACACUCGCGACGGAACGACGCGUUAACCGGAAAUCAUGCGUCUCCUGGUGGACGCCGAUAACGACCCCGUACGCAGUAUCGAGGAUGAAUCGCUGGACAGCGAUGUUGGCUCGCGCGGAUGUAGCGGCAACGGCAGUAGCGACAGCGGCGGAAUCCGCGACGGCGGCGGCUACGCCUACGACCGCGGCAACGGCAGCGAUAACGGCGCCAGCGACGAUUUCUGGGCAUGUACGUCUUCUAUCCGGCGGACGAGCUCCUGCGUAUCUAUGAGAAUCGGGAGCCACUGACUGUCAACGACAACGCAGCGGUGAACGCCGAUUACGAAGAGACCGAUCAUUAUUAUCAGCAAUUGCAGCAGCAGCAACGAGCCGUCGUUGCGAACGGUGACAACGGUCACAAACGUAAGAAGGAGAAAAAGCGCGAAUCUAGUCAGACACCGGCCAGAAGGCAGAUCUGCGCUGGUCGUAACGACAGCAACGGCGGUGGUGACAAUCUCGGUAAGAAAGGACGACGCGAGGAGCACCACGCCGGGACUAUGCAAAAUAAUCGUGCCGCCGGCGAAGAGGCCGCCAACCCCCUCAAGGACCUCACGCAGCCGAGUCUCAACGAGCCGCUCAAGCAGCACAAUGGCGCUGCGCUUAAGCUCGUGCAGACGGUCUCCGAGUUCGCCCAGGAGUUGGGCGCCGCGAUGGAGAGCCAUUCGGCGAACGUGCGACGUUUGGUCGACGAAUUUCGCAGUCGAUCGGGCGACUCACGAGUCGAUACCGGUGGUAUGCGACGCGUCUGGGAGAGCCUGCUACGGCAGGUCGAGGCGGACGCGGUCUCUCAUCUCGAUCUAGCCGCGGUCCUGCAGCAACAAUUGUCCAGGCCGACGUUAGAGGCGAGCUUUCAUCGGAAGCUACAAUCACGAAAGGUAUUCGCCCAUCGCGAUGCAUACGAGCAAGUGGUUAGCAAGACGGAGGAGAAGUUGCAGCGCGCCAGAUUGGAUUACAAGCGCGCCUAUGCCGCGCUACUAACCAACGACGGCAGCACCGAGCAGGAAUUGAAACGCGCUUACUUGGAGUCGCACAACGCUUACAUCUUGCAGCUACGCGCCACCAAUGCUAUUACCGAGCGCUAUCAGUUCCAUUGUCUGCCGGGGUUGCUCGGCGAGAUUGCGGAGGUCUACGAGGAACUUUGCGGAUUGGCCUGCAAAUGCGUUGCCGGGACCUCGGAAGCGGCCGGAGAGCGCGCCGGCGAGCAGACUAAGCGUUAUCAAGUCGUGACGAAGGAGGCGCAGGCGGUUAUUCCAUCGAACGAUUUGCAGGUCUUAGCGCGAAACCUAUCUGCGAACACGACACCACGGAAGCCGCCGCGGCGCUUGUACGUCGCGCCGGCACCACCCGAACAAGUGCCGAUGGAGAGAAUCAGUCAGGUACCCAUGCUCAGGGACGAACUGGUACCAACCGGCACCAGCACGCUCCCACUCAUGGAGGAUCUACGACACGAGUACGACAGCCUCACCCAGGAAAUAGGUCGCCUGCAAGACGCUCUCGACGCCCUGGUGCGAAUGCAGCGCAAAAGCGCCGAGAGUAACCUGUACACAAAGGUAGCCGAGUUGCAGGAAGAUAUUUCACUGAAGCGCUUCGACCUCGGAGUGGCACAACUGCGUUUGGCUGCGGUGCAGGCACAGAAGGAGCUGUUCGGCGGUGGAGAGGCUGGUCAGCCGGACGGUAUGGCCAGUCGGAAGAUGUCAAACGGCUCGACCGGAAGUCCCAAGCUCAAAUGGCUGAAAGCGUUCAAGAGCUUGAAGACCAGCUCACCCACCACGCCGCCGCUAUCCGACAAAUACUGUUUUGCGAAUGCUCGACUAAUAAAGAGGAAAGCAGGCGACCAUAUACCACGCAGUUUCCACCGUCGUCGCGAUGUCCAGGAAGAGCCUGGAGUCCGAGGGCGGGCACACCUGGCGCGAAUACACCUACCGCAAGAUCACACCGUGCGACGCGUGCGGCCAGGUACUGCGCGGUCACAGCCGUCAGGGUGUCCGAUGUCGCGGCUGCAAGGCCAACGCGCAUACGGACUGCACGAACAUGGUGCAGCCAGCGCUCUGUCCGAGCCUGGCGCCGAAGAAAGGCGGCGGUAUACCAUUGCUGAGGCGGCAAAAGACCCAGGUAGCCGACGAGGUGCCGUCGGCGUCCGAGCACAACGUGGACGCCAUAUACCAGGUGCUGAAGCAGGCUGGCGAGAUCCGUGGAAACUCGACAAACUCACCACCUACGCCUCCCACAGCAGAACAUCCCUCCUCCGGUGCAGCACCUUCGUCAGCGAGGGCCUCUUCCCAUCCUUGUUCCUCGUCCACUUCUGUCCGCAACGUAGACGCGAGCGGCUGAAUCUGAGGAUGAAGAGUCUCAGUCUGGACUCACCGGAGGGUACCGCGCACGUACGGCAUCGUCCGCGCGAUUACUACGCCGCCGGUCAGAGAGAGACCACACCGCCCCGGCACUCCGACAGCGGCAGUAUCAACAGGCUGUCACCCUGCAGCCCGGGUCAGAGCCACGGUAUGCAUAAGCACGUGAGGAGUGCCAUCAGGAUGUCGAGCAUGGAGCUACCGGACGAGAACGAGAAGUCGUACUCGUCGGCAAGCACAUCGCCGUGCCCGUCGCCGCAUGCGAACAAUCAGAACCACCUGAAUCCGCCUGGUAAGCGAGUACUGCCGCCGAAUAACCUCUACGUUGUCCUGUACAACUUCGAAGCACGGCAUCGGGACGAGCUGGAUCUGAAGGCUGGUUACAAGGUUACGGUGAUCGAUAAAUCGGAAAAAGACUGGUGGAAGGGCAAGUGUCUCGGUGGCCGCGCGGGUUACUUCCCGAGCGCGUACGUUAUGCGAAUCGAGUCCGGUCAGAAGACCCUUCAAGUCACCCGCAACCUGCAACUGGCCGAUCAGACUACCCUGCUGCGAGAUCAGAUCGUGAUCCAAGUCGGCGACGAGGUAGACGGCGUAGCGAUGGUGCGGUGCGCCGCGGACGUACGGUCGGCCGACCACACGGGCAAGGAGGGCGACGUGCUCUACAAGGAGAUCCUGUGCCCCCUCAAGUACCUGCAGGAGGUGUGACAGCAGCCUUAUCAAGGCAACGUGUUCGUGAACGAGCGUCGUCGAUACGUCGACCUGCGCGACCGUUUCGUGACGCGUCGUCACGUCGCC